UUUAUUAGGGCCAUAACCACCUGUUUGUGUAUGUUUGUAUUUAAAUUUUAGAAAUUUUCAGUUAAAAAACUAUAUAAAAUAAACACAUAAAUAAUGGAGAAAACGAAUCUCAAAGUUCUGUGCCUUGUCGGUUUUGUGGCAUUAAUAUUUGCAGUCAAAGAAGCAAGUGGAAUUAAAUGCUGGGACUGCAGAUCCGACGCCGAUCCAAAAUGUUCUGAUCCAUUUGACAAUACAACUUUUGCCAUAACUGAUUGUAAAAAACUUGAACCUCUGAGUUAUUUACCUGGUGCAUACCCGACAAUGUGUAGGAAGAUAAGACAGAAAGUGCAUGGUGUCUGGAAAUAUAUUAGGAGUUGUGCAUACUUGGGCGAACCAGGUAUACAAGGUGAUGAAAGAUUCUGUUUAAUGAGGACUGGGACUUAUAAUAUUUUCAUGGAAUAUUGUACAUGCAAUACCAAAGAUGGAUGCAAUACUUCUUCAAAUAUACAUAUCUCAUAUAAAUUAGUUAUAAUGUCUCUUUUCAUUAUUUUACUGGCUUACAAGAAAUUUACUUAAAUAAUUAAUUAUAGUUUAUUUUAGAAAGAUAUGUGAAAGCAUGACUGAUAUGUGCCUUUUUUAUAUGUACAUUUUUUAUUGCAAUUUGUAAGACUAUAAAUCCGUCCUACCACAAAAUACUUAUAGAAUUAUUAUACUCAUAGUUAAUUUAGAUUGUAACAUAAUGAUGCACUUCGCUAAUUGUUUUUUUUUGUACAUAGUCUACACAGUUUUUAUAUUUUUAUAUAGUCUUUAUAUUUAUAAGGCGAAAAGUUGUGUUCAGCUUUUAACAAUUGUUUUGACAUUUCAAUUUUUUGAAUAAAAUAAAAUAAUUCUG